UUUUUUUACAACCUGAUUUUUAUGAAUGAAUGCAGCUACAGCGAAAAAAACAAAAACCGCAACACAAGAGCGAGAUAGCGAGAGUCGCGUGCACAGGAGCGAAAUCGCUGGGGAAUCGGAGGGGCGCCCAAAAAAUCAGGGGGCGGGAAAAGCGGACAGUUGUGCAGUGUUGAAAAGUCAAACUAAAUUCAAAAUCGGCUAAAAGAAAAGUGCUUAAAGUCACAUUAACAAACCCACAAAACAAAUCCUAAAAAGGAAAUCCUUCGAAUAAUAACCCUCAGUGUUUCAAAAGUGUUCAAAUUUUACAAUUGUGUCAUCGCAUCUCCAAAAUCAGCGAAUAUUUCUCCAUCAUCGUGAUUUCCCAAUAAAAGUAGAAGAAAAAAGUUACAAGCGACACUGGCCAGCGGAGUCAAGGUUGUGCAUCUGAAGGGAGAAGAAGCCACUGCAGCAGCCGCAUAAAUUCAAAAAGAAUACCAACUGCAGCAGCAACACCAUUUAAUUUACAGCAGCAGCACUGAAGCAAGCUGCAACUUUAGCCAUUGACACAGCAGCAACAUCCAUAUACGAAAGCUAAACCACAAUACCGAAUUUAUCUGGAAUCAGCUGCAGCAGCAACAUCUACAUAUAUUGCUACAGCCACAGAGAAGGCGGCAUUAACCAGCAGCAACAUCACAUUGGCUUGGUCCGUCCAUGGGCGCCGCGGCAAACAGAGUCCGGUGAAAAUGGACAAAGGCCGUGCGAGGCUGCCGCCGAAUUAGCAGAGAAGCCGGAAAAUCCAUAUACGGACGGGCAGUGCAAAUAUUUGCCAGGCUCCCACAAAGAGCAGGACACACACGACAAAGGAGUCCAGUAAAAAGGGAAAAGGGAAGGCAUUUGUGCGACAAUAGCCAAGGAAUUAGCCACAAAAGAAGGAGCAGUCGGAUCCAUUAAGACAACUAAGCCAAUAGAACGAGAACAGCCCCAUCGGAGCCCGUCAGAGUUCAUCAGAUCCCAUCCCGGCUAGACGAGGUCCACUUAAAUGACCGAAUCCACCCAGCUGCAGACGGCGGAGAACAACAACGCGGGCGUGGUCAAAAUGGAGCCUCCGCCGCCGGUGACCUCCUCCGUUUCCGUUUCCGCCGCCGCCGCCGCCCACGCCCUAUCCUCCCUCUCCUCGCUCUCGAUGGCCGCCACCGGAUCCGCCCUCUCGCCGGCCACGCCCCCGCCCUCUCUGAACCACUCACACCAGCAGCAGCAUUCGCAGCAACAGCAGCAGCAGCAGCAGCACUACGCCCUCAAGUGGAACGACUUCCAGAGCUCGAUCCUCAGCUCCUUCCGGCAUCUGCGCGACGAGGAGGACUUCGUGGACGUGACGCUGGCCUGCGACGAGCGCUCCUUCACCGCCCACAAGGUGGUCCUCAGCGCCUGCAGCCCCUACUUCCGCCGGCUGCUCAAGGCCAAUCCCUGCGAGCAUCCGAUCGUCAUCCUGCGCGACGUGCGCUGCGACGACGUCGAGAAUCUGCUGAGCUUUAUGUACAAUGGUGAGGUGAAUGUGAGCCAUGAACAGUUGCCCGACUUCCUGAAGACCGCUCACCUGCUGCAGAUUCGUGGUCUGGCGGAUGUCAACGGUGGCUAUCCCUACUCCAAGGCUCUGUCCGCCGCCUUGAGUCACAACAGCAGCAGCAGCAACAACAACAGCAACAGCAACAGCCUGAGCAACAAUAAUAACAACAACAAUAAUGCCGAGAGCAGCAAUCACAAUAAGAUUAGCAGCUAUUUGCCACCCAAUCAAACGAGUGCCCCGAGCAACAACAACGGCAGCAGCAGCAAUAACCACAGCAGCAGCAGCAACAGCAACAACAACAACAGCAGCAACAACAACAACAACAACAACCUAAGCGGAUCCCUGAACAGCAGCCUGAAUUCACCUUUCAGUGCGCCGCAGAUCCCGCCACCGGUUACCGCUUCGAGUGCAGCGGCAGCAGCAGCAGCGGCUGCAUCCCUAACCGCCGCCGUGGCAGCAGCAGCGGCAGCAACAGUCAGCGGAAGCAGCAGCGCCAGCGGCCAGAGUGGCGGUACGAGCGUUACGCCCGCCAUCCAGGAGCUGAAGGCAUCGUCGGCAGCGUCGCCCGUAAGAAACCCGAAUCAAACUCCCAAUCCCGGCAAAGCCAGUAGCAGCAACCACUGGGACAUGGGUGAGAUGGAGGGCAGUCGGAAGAGCCACCUGACGCCGCCGCCGCAGAAACGCAUCAAGAGCGCCGACUUGUUCCGGGCCCAGCAUGGCAUCAGUCCGGAGCGAUUGCUGCUCGACCGCGAGUUUCCCGUGGCGGGACAGCAUCCGCUCACGCGGAACAGGGGCGGUCGGGACACCUCCAAGGACCGGGAGCGCAAUAUGGAGCUGAGGGAGUCGCUACUCGGACAGGCUCUGGAAAACAGCAACGGACAGCAGGCCAAUCAGAAACACGAUCUCGGCCAGAGCGCGGGUGAGGAUUCGAACAGCAGUGAUACGGAACCCUCGGAUCGAGGUGAUGGUCAGCACGAUGGAACCCUCGACGGCAUCGACAAUCAGCGCUCGCACUCGUUCCCCAAUGCAUUCCUCGGCCUGCAGGGCAUUCCCGGACUUCUGCCCGGACCCUCCGGCAUCAACAGUGAUUUCGUUUCGCGACGCUCGCUGGAGAUGCGUGUGCGGGCCACCGAUCCGCGUCCGUGCCCCAAGUGCGGCAAGAUCUACCGCUCCGCCCACACGCUGCGCACCCAUCUGGAGGACAAGCACACCGUGUGUCCCGGCUACCGAUGCGUCCUGUGCGGCACGGUGGCCAAGUCGCGCAACUCCUUGCACUCGCACAUGUCGCGCCAGCACCGCGGCAUCUCCACCAAGGAUCUGCCCGUCCUGCCCAUGCCCAGCGCCUUCGAUCCGGACCUCGCCUCGCGCCUCCUGGCCAAGGCGGGCGUGAAGAUUUCCCCGGCGGAGCUGAGGGCCCGUGCCUCGCCCACCGGCGGUAGCGGUGGCAGCAGCGGCGGUGGCGGCAGCGGUGGCGGAGGAGGAGGCAGUGGCCAGGCCAAGUUGGACCUGAGCAACGCCAGCGGUGGAGCACUGGACGAUGCCGAGGACUCCGACGAGGAUCCCGAGGAUCUGACCACGGGCAACGGUCUCUAUGGCAUGGGCGGCAGCAGCAGCGACCUGAGCCGCUACCACGAGAGCCUGCUGAGCAAUUUUGGGCAUGCCCGGAUGCGGAACGAGGCGGCCGCCGCGGCGGCCACUGCUGCCGCUCUGGGCCAGCCCAAGGAUCUGGGCGUGCAGAUGCCCAACAGCAAUGCCGCCGGCCAGUCCCUGCUGGACACCUAUCUGCAGUUCAUCACGGAGAACACGUUCGGAAUGGGAAUGUCGCAGGAGCAGGCAGCUGCAGCUGCACUGCGGGCCAAGAUGGCCCAACUGAAUGCGAUGGGUCACAGUCUGGACAGUUUGCCGCCGGGAUUGAUGCCUGGCCAGUUCGAUCUGAGCAAGCUGGCCGCCGGCAAUCCCGCCUUUGGACAGAGCGGACCCGGCCUGACCAUUGAGCCCAUACUGCGGCACGAUCAGGCGGCGGGCAGCCUGUCGCCAAACGCCCAUCGACCGCUGGCCCUCAACUCGGGCGGUCGGAUGCUGGGCCACGAGGAGAUGGCGGACCACGAGGGCGACUCAAGGCGGGACGGAUCGGAACCCAUGGACCUGGGUCUGGACAUCAACCAGUCGGGCAGCAACCAUGAGGUGGCCAAUUCCGAUGCCGAGGAGAACUACUCGGAGGACGAGGGAGUGCACAACACAUAGGAGCAGCCAGAGAUUCCAGCAAAGGAUCAGCACGUAUAUAAACGUGAACAUGAACGUGACAAGUUGUAUACCGAUUACCCAUGGAACAUAUGUAACGAGUAGCCUUAUCCUCAUGUAUACCAGUUUAUGUGUACGAUACGAUACAAUACGAUAGUGAAACCUAGGACUAAAAUCAUAUUUGUGCCGCUGCCAGAGCUGGCCUAGUAGAAUUCGAUGUUGUGCUUUUUAAACCUACCUAUACCGACUACCUAUACGGAUAUAUAUAUAUAGAUAUAUACCCCUUUACAUAUAUAUAUUUACAUACACAAGUACCUGCUGUGUAUACAAGUCGAUGAAGAUGAAGAUGAAUGACAAACCCAUCCCGCAUGAACAAACCUAAAGUGUAAUAAUGGUAGUCUAGUGUCGUAAGAUAGAUUUCACAUUGAAAGAAGAAGCCUGUAAAUACAUGAAAAUAUUCACGUUAGAUCAGAAUCAGAAGAGCAGAGCAGCCAGCCCCCAAACGAUCCGUCGCAUUUAACACUUACGUAUGUAUGUUAGUAUUGUACCACCAGACGCCAGCAGUUAAUUCAGAUGUGCCAUGCAUGCCACAGCCUUCCAGUUCAUUGGUGGCUCACCACAGUGCUUACCAUAUCUCAGGAACAGGCCGAACAACUCAACCGAACUACCUCAGCCAGCUAUAGAUAGAGUUGAGCUCCCCUCCCCCCCGAAACGAACUUUUAACUUCCAUGAGUUGUGAAUGGUCCUGUAUGCUGAACGCUAUACUCUCCGUCUCCAGGAAUCUUGCCAAUUGUCAACAGCAGAGAGCUGCCCGUAGUUUUAGAAGCCACCAAACCCCAAAUGGGGGAUCAGCAUACAAGAAAUUGAUUAUUUAUACAACCAACACACACACACACACACAUACGGUAUACAGUGCACACUCGGUAUACGUAUAUAGACCUAAAGAUAAUACAUAUGAAUGCCUGUACUUAUUUGUCAGAGAAUUGAAUACCUCAGCAUACUCAGCAUUCGGUCGCUAGCACUCGAUGUCCAGUGCGAAUCAUAUACUUAAAUGUAAUUUAGGCUAGUUAGUUUAUGCGGCAGCAUUGCGAGCAAGACAUAGAUAGAUGUAACAACUACGCGUUUCCUGUAUGUAUGUAUUUAGUUUAGUUCGAAUAUGCCUCAGUUAUCCUAGGUUUAUGGUUAGCUUCAAUCGGAGAUGAGCACAGAUGACUCUACAAGAGUCGCUACCACUUGCCUUAUGACCAACAUAUGUGUUACUUUAGUAAUUUUCUACCUCAAUUAAUUUAAAUGUAAUUUACUUGGAUAUUUAUUUGUAAGUUCUUGACCGCACCCACAACUUAUUUCGAGUGUUUUAACUACCAACGAUAAGGGAUUUAAUUCAGUCAUUUACAUAGCUUAGCAAGAUAUUGGAUGUGAAUAAAGCAACUAAGUACAUGGCGAGUAUCUUUAGGUUUUUAUUUACCCCGUUUAGUUUGUACCUUCGGUUUUAGACACUUUUCCCUCCUCUCACUCUUGCCCAGAUUUUGGAGCAGGGGGAGUGCAAUAGAUGGCAUUUUUCUAGACUUGAAAUGCAUUUAAGGCUAAUGCAAUUCGGUUAAGUCGUUAGUUUAAAAUAUAUUAGUUAAAAGUCGUUACAUAAGCAAUAUAAGUAGACAUCCAUGUGCUUAGAAAGUUAUAUAAAUAUUUAUUGAUAUUACAAUAAAGCCGCGUUAUGAAGA